CUGAGUUUACCCAUGCUGCACCAGUGUUCGAGGAAGAUGUCGGAGCUGCUGGAUCUCUGGACGACGUGUGUGUGUGACAGACAGCCAUGACCGACGACUUUUUGCGGUACCAGGCCACCUCUGACAGAAACACGCAUUUAGCUGAGGAACUCCUCCUUCAUUUACUGAAGGAAUCGCAGAGUCAAACCUUAUUGUAAGCCUGCGGUGUUUAUACUUUGGAGCUGAGACGGCGAUCCGAACAUGGCGCUAUCUGCUUUGUGCAAACCGGCGGGCACAUGGAUGGCUGCCUGGUUUCUGCUGCUGUUACUACUUGUCACUAUUGUGGAUCCCACCAAAAGCCAACAGGGGACGGGUGUACAAGACUUUCAGUUUGAAGGGAACCAAGCCCUAGACAGCCAGAUAAUUCAGUUAACACAAGCAUUGCAAACAGCAGAGGGGGACACUGAAACUCCAAGGAUGAAGAGGACCCCAGUGGACUUCACCAUUCCUCCAUUGUUUCCACAUGGUGCUGAGGCUCAGGCAGAGGAAGUGCACCUGCAUGGAGUGUCCAUGGCUGAUGUCUACACAAUGGCCUUCCUACAGCUGGAGGAUGUGGCCUUCCUCUUCCUUGCAUCAGGAAACAGCCAUGGGCACAAUGUGACCAUCUUUGCUCUUGACACCAUGUCAGAAGACUUCUUCGUGGCAGGACAGUGGCAGGUUUCAGGUCCUGUUACUUUGGAAGCCAUCAGCAUGGGGUCCUCUGGGUUUCUCCUGGUGUCUGAGGAAGUUGAAGGGAUCGUGCCUAAAUCCUACAGAACUGAGAUAUACACCUUCAGCAGAGGUGCCACAUCAUUUGUGCAGACCAUCGUCACCACAGGCAGAUGUCACUGGAGGCACUUCACCAUGGGGGACCUUUUUUUAGCAAUGCUGGGCAAGAGGGCUCAGUCAGAAUCAAUGUUGCUGCAUGUGUACUACUGGGAUGGUGCAUACUUUGACAAGGUGUUUGAUAUACCAGUGCAGUCAGCCUGUGCUGUCGAACCCUUCACCAUUCAGAAACAAUCUUACCUGGCUGUGGCCAACUGUCCCCCUGAUGCAGUUAAGGGACAAGGACACAUCUACUACAACUCUUCAAUAAUCUAUAAGUUUCUUCCAUUCAAGAAUGAUUUUGAGGUUUAUCAGCAGUUGCCAGGCCAUGUUACUACAGACUUGGCCUUUUUCACAGCUGGACCAGAUUCUUACCUAGCACUAACACAGAGGGUUGCCUGGACCUCCCCUCACCAGCAAACUGACACUGUCUCCUACAACUCUGAAUGUGCCAUCUAUCGUUGGAAUGGUUACUUCUUUGUCCCCUAUCAGGAUAUCCCGCUGACUGAUGCUGAUGUCACAGCGUCAGUACAAACUUCACAACAACAAGCGGACUUGUUGGUCACGAAUACAAAAGAUAAUGUGCAAACGUACCAGCUCAUCAAUGACAAGUUCGAACAAUCUUUCAUCUUCUCUUCUCAUACAGACCUUGGUGGAAUUAAGGACAUCUAUAGCUUUUAUACAGGAACCUCAUCUUACCUAAUGUUUACAUCAGAGGGGGCCAGAUUAUUUAAGGUCUCAUUUCUUCAACGAGGAAAGUUGAUAGGUUUCCAACAGGAUAUGGUGGUUGAAGUUGUCCGGUUAAACACUGUGCUUCAAAAUAUUGAAAAAAAUGUAAGCAACAUAAGCUCCGACAUUCAAAUGAAAGAGGUGAAGUUGAACACUUCUCAGGUUGUGGAGGGGCGGAAAUUGUUUCAGAACGUCAGCAUAUCACAAUGGCUUACCAAGUGGGAUGACAACAUUGUCACUGAAGAGGAAAAGCAAGCAGUGCAGACAUUUAAGAACUUAACGACCACAGCACUCCUCAUAGACAGGACUUCCACAGACGUUUUAGAUUCCCUUCCGAGGUACCUGCUGACGUUUGGAGAACAGACAUUUACCACAGAGACACACAUCAGGAGCCUCAGAGUAAAUCGUCUAUUAACCUCAAAAAACAUACAUACAGAAAUCUUCAAUGAGGAGAGAUUCAACCACUUUGUGAAGAACAUGUUUUACAACAACAAAGAUGACCAGUCACUUCAUGCUAAACUCACACUUCCUUUUCUUAAUAAUGACGGCGACAUCACAGUCUUAGGAACAAUUGAUGGCUUACACAUUCCUGCAGAUGUUGUCUUUCAAGACACACUAGCUGACAUCUUUGCUACAAAGGUCUUUGAAAAGGGAGUGGUUUUCCUUCAGGACGUGGAUGUCAGUGGAAGUAUUAAUGGCGUGCAGUUGGAUGACUGCCUGUUGACACAGCAAGACCAGAAUGUUACCGGCUUUCUGACCUUCCUAGAUGACAUCUCUUGUGAGGGUGAUGUAUUCAUGGAAGAGGCUUUGACUGUCGGCACUGUUGAUUUAUCAGUACUGUCAGAAGAUGUUGUGUAUCUGCAGACAGAAGGUGCGCCUGUCAGGGUGGGUGGCAGCUGUGUCAUCAACACCACCCUGCACGUCCUCGGAGACGUCUCUAUAAACGGCACCAUCAACCAGGUGGACAUUGCUGAACUUGAGAAAACUGUGAUGAGAGUGGACUCCUACCAGGUCAUCACCGAAGACUGGACUGUGAGCAAUGACAUAACAUUUACCAAACUGCUGACAGUUACCGGAACCAUCAACAACUUAUACAUGCCAGAGGACGUGGCUCGUUUGGAAGGCGACCAUGUCAUGAAUGGUGACGUGUUGAUCAACAACAGUAUGGCAGUUGCCGGUGCAGGAGGACUGGUAGUGGAAGGAAUGGCCAAUGGCAUCUUGUUGUCAGACAUCAUGACUGUGGAAUCACAUCAAGAAGCCCAUGCUACAUGA